AUGGCCUCCUUAUACAAGGAACCAGACUGGUCCACCAAACUAGAGACUAUGAAAGACAAAAUCAUCGAGAGAAUCAGCGGUCCAGGAGUCAGCUGGGACGACAAAGUGGCCAAACUGAAGAAAUAUUACAUGAAAGACUUCUUCAGCUUGACUGACCUCUGGGCGGUGUUGUUUGUCACAUCAUAUGUGAAGGAGAUCGAUGAACAAACGAUUUCAGAGCAGUGGGACCAGCACAGUAAAGACCCGUACCCCGUCUACGCAGUGAUCGACAAGCAAUGCAAAAAACGCGAGGAAGGAGACCCCUGGCUUGAGGUCAGUCCACAUGAAGCGGGUUACUCCCUCACCGGAGCGUUUGUGGACACCUGUAACUUCGGCAGCCAGUUCGAGAACGGCUCCAAGAAAAAACACCAGCCUGAAAUGGACAUGCUGUACCUGCAAG